GAUGCCAUGAGGUACUGGGGUUUAUUUCUUUACAUAUUCCAAAAACCUGAAGCAUAAGCCCACCGUAAAGGCGGCAUACUCAGUACGUCACUCGCGAUUGCGGCUGUGGGGUUGCCUGGGCAUUCUCUUAUCGGCCGACAUUUAUCCGGCGCCAAACCGAAACUCGGGACAUCCCUUCACGGUUCUAAACCUGACUUCACAUCACCUUCAUUAUUUCGUCUUUGGUCAAUCAAAAGCUCCACCCUUACUUCCAGUCGCACAUACCACAGACCCAGGCCUUGUGCGGAGUCGCCCAUAUUCCUUUGCCUCUCAGAUUCGGUCGAAGAGACAAACUCGCCCAACAUGUCUGAACGCAAAGUCCUUCAGAAAUACUACCCCCCAGACUUCGACCCGAGGGAUAUCACUCGCCGCAAAGGUCCCAAACCGUCCGGCCCGAAGAUCCAAACAGUACGAAUCAUGGCACCUUUCAGUAUGCGAUGCACGGCAUGCGGAGAAUUCAUCUACAAGGGCCGCAAGUUCAACUCUAGGAAGGAAACGCCUCUGGACGAGAAGUACCUGGGCAUCCAGAUAUUCUUCCUCAAUAUUCGCUGUACCCGCUGCAGCUCCGAAAUCAUCAUCCGGACAGAUCCCAAGAACAACGAUUACAUGGUGGUCAAGGGCGCGGUUCGCAACAUGGAGCCCUGGCGGAACAAGGUUACGGAGGAAGAGACGGUGGAAGAGCGCCUAGAUCGAUUAGAGCGAGAGGAAGCCGAGGCUGCGGGUGAGGAGGAGAAGAAUGCGAUGGCAGAUCUGGAAGCCAAGAACGUCGAUGCGCGGCGGGAGAUGGCAGCGGCUGACGCCUUGGACGAGAUUCGACAACGAAACGCCCGGAUAAACCGAUCAGAGAAGGAUGGCGUCGACUACUCUGACAGCAUUGUGCGGACCGAAGAUGAAGAGCGGGAGCAACAGGAAAGAGAAGAUGAGGACGCAGCAAAGCGAGCAUUCGCUGAGGCCCGAGCCCAAAUGGACGUUGUAGUAGAGGGUGACGCUUUGGAUCAAGACGUAACGGAAUCGGAACCAGCAUCGAUCAGCGCGCCGUCCUCGAGUUUGGCGGGGUUCGUCACUUCGGAGCCUGUGGUGGAUUCAGAGAUGCCACCUCCGUCAUUCAAGCGAAUUCCGAAGAAGAAGAAGAACUAUUCAGCAAUGCUAGGUAUCAAGAAGAAGCCAUCGCUGGUAUGAUGCGCCAGACAAGAGGUGUGAAGACGAUGGUCAGGAAGCUGCAGGACACACCGAGUCAAGAACUACAUACCCUGGCGAGCGAAAGUUCACGGCAUGGCAGCGGAAUUCGAUGAUAUAAAUGAGAUUGACUAAUUGGGACAGUUGGGCAUUAUUGGAGUUUAUGGGCAAAUAUACGCGAGGAGGUUUUGGGGGCAUUCAACCUGGUGCAAUUAGUACUCGAGAACCACAUACGCGGGCAUGAUCCAAGCCGCUUAGCAAAAUACAAAACGAACAAGCAUGCUCGCUCCAAACGAUUAGAUUACUUGCCAUCACAACCCUAGUAUUUAUUAUUGCUAUCCCAGGAAAUCGGGCAGUGACGGAUUAUGUGACAGUGGCAGGUCAUCAAGCUCCAUAGUCGAUUAUGUUUGUUUGCCAGAUCAUAUAAUGAU